GGUUGCCAUGGGACGCGCCGCCCCUAUAAAGACCCGCGCGCCAAGGCACUUUCCCAACAAAGUCCAGAGAGGAGGAGAGCAAAGAGGAGAAGGAGGAGGAGGAGAAGGAGAAAGGGAAGGAGGCAGCGUGAAACCCUGGGAGGAAAGGGAAAAGGAAGGGAGAGGGAAGGACGAAAGAGAGGGUUUAGAGAGAGGCGGCUCCCCUUCCUUCCCUCGCUCCCUCCCUGGCUGGACUCGGGGCUUUGGGAGCUUUCAUGAAACGCCUGGUGGCCUGGGACCAGGCAUGCCUCCCUCUCCCGCCCUCGGCCUUUAAAUCCAUGGAAGUGGCCAACCUCUACUACGAGACGGACUGUCUGCCGGCGGCCGUGAGCAAGCUGCACGCGCGGGGAGGGCCCGUGGGGGGCCCGCGGCCCAUGUCCGAGCUGAGCCUGGGCGAGCACGAGCGGGCCAUCGACUUCAGCCCUUACCUGGACCCGCUGGCCUCGCAGCACCCGCACCCGCACCAGCACGCGCCUCCUCCACCCGCGGCCACGGCAGGGGGCAACUUCGAGCCGCUCCCCUCCGGCAACAACCACAACAACAGCAGCAGCAGCAGCAACCCGGACUUCCUCUCCGACCUUUUCUCCGAGCAGGACUACAAAGCCGGGAAGAAGCAGCAGCAGCAGCAGCAGCACCCCGACUACACCUACAUCAGCCUGGCCAAGCAUAGCCACCACCCGCACCUCCACCAGGGCCAGAAGGCCUCUCUCUUGGGCUGCUUCUCGCCUCACAUGGUGGAGACCAAAGUGGAGCCCGUCUUCGAGCACUUGGACUCGUGCAAAGCCGGCCCGCGCAAGGAGGACGCCGGCGGGGGAGGCGCGGCGGCCCUCGGGGGCCUCUCCUCGCCUUACGGCAGCGCCGUCCGCUCCUACUUGGGCUACCAGUCGGUGCCCAGCGGCAGCAGCGGGAACCUUUCCACCGCCUCUUCCUCCAGCCCGCCGGGGACCCCCAACCCUUCGGAUUCCUCCAAGUCCGGAGGCAACCACUACGCGGCCUCGGGAGGAGGGAGCAACGGCGCCGGCGGGAAGAGCAAGUCCAAGAAGUCCCUGGACAAGCACAGCGAGGAGUACAAGAUCCGGCGAGAGCGCAACAACAUCGCCGUCCGCAAGAGCCGCGACAAGGCCAAGAUGCGCAACCUGGAGACGCAGCACAAGGUGCUCGAGCUCACCGCCGAGAACGAGCGGCUCCAGAAGAAGGUCGAGCAGCUCUCCCGGGAGCUCGGCACCCUCCGGAACUUGUUCAAGCAGCUCCCCGAGCCCCUCUUGGCCAACGCCGGGCACUGCUAGCCCGCGGAGACUCGGCUUCCCUUGGGACUCCCUGCUGGGAAAGGGAUUGGGGAGAGGAGGGGGGGGGGGGCAAAGGAUGCCAAAAAGAGAAGCAAAAAGGGCUCUUCCUCCUCCAGCGUGGAACGGAGAAAGGGGGAAACCGAAACAGAGGCUGGAAGGCCAUCUGUCGGGGGUGCUUUGAAUGCCAUUUUCCUGCUUCUUGGCAGGGGGUUGGACUGGGUGGCCCAUGAGGGCUCUUCCAACUCUGUGAUUCUAUGGAAAA